AUGGCCUUCUGCGAGGUCUCUCAGGAUCAGUCUGCCGGAACUCCGGCCGCAGCGGGUGACUUCGGGUUCAAGGUCUUGACGUCCAGCGACCCCGCUGAGAAGACGAAAAAAUUGUCAGCGGAGUUGGCCAACGGAAGGCUUGCGAUGAUGGCCAUCAUCGGCAUGUUCUUUCAGGACACGAUCACGGGCAAGUUCCCAGGUUUUCUGUCGCCAUCAGCAGGAUUGAAGUUUGCCGAUGUCCCCAAUGGCCUUGCAGCCAUUUCCAAGGUUCCUGCCGCAGGGUGGGGACAGAUUCUGGCGUACAUGGCCUUCUGCGAGGUCUCUCAGGAUCAGUCUGCCGGAACUCCGGCCGCAGCCGGUGACUUCGGGUUCAAAGUCUUGACGUCCAGCGACCCCGCUGAGAAGACGAAAAAAUUGUCAGCGGAGUUGGCCAACGGAAGGCUUGCAAUGAUGGCCAUCAUCGGCAUGUUCUUUCAGGACACGAUCACGGGCAAGUUCCCAGGUUUUCUGUCGCCAUCAGCAGGAUUGAAGUUUGCCGAUGUCCCCAAUGGCCUUGCAGCCAUUUCCAAGGUUCCUGCCGCAGGGUGGGGACAGAUUCUGGCGUACAUGGCCUUCUGCGAGGUCUCUCAGGAUCAGUCUGCCGGAACUCCGGCCGCUGCCGGUGACUUCGGGUUCAAGGUCUUGACGUCCAGCGACCCCGCUGAGAAGACGAAAAAAUUGUCAGCGGAGUUGGCCAACGGAAGGCUUGCGAUGAUGGCCAUCAUCGGCAUGUUCUUUCAGGACACGUGA